AUGUUUCGAUGUUUUUCCUUCCUCAUCAAGAAAGUGCAUUCAUCACUGGGUGCAUUCACUUAUACGCAAUUGAUUGCGACUCCUAUCGCUAAAUUAUUGUUUGAUUCAACUCGAUUCAAGCAAGAUGAUCCGCGAUUGAUUGGUUUCAAAGGUAAAAUUAUAGCGGAAAACCGUGGUGGAAAUUAUAAUGUUUCAGUGCCUUAUCUUGCCAUUGUAUAUUCGGGAACUUUAACGCAACCUACAAAGUUUCGUGAUCUUGUGAAACCACCUGUUUCUAGUAGCGUUGCGUUGAAUAAUGGUCUGCCAUUUGAUGACUGCUAUGUUGGUAUUCCACUGCAUACAGCCGAUGGUCAAUGGUUCACAUAUGGCAUACGUCUACCUCAGAAUUUCGAUGAAAUCGACUAUUAUUUAUACAAAAAAAUCCAAUACAGCUUGAAUUUAUGCAGAAGUGGAGUUUUUUGCGAUGAUCUGCCUGCUCCAUUGUUUGAUAUUAUCGAAGUAAAUGAAACGUUAAUGUUCUCAUUGCGUGAUACGGAAAUGUUCACUUUAAAGCAAGAUAGCCGUAUACCGAAAUUGAGAGAAGAGGAAAUUCUUGGAACAAUGCGACUGGAUUUUCUGCCAUCCAAUUAUACUCUUCGAUCUUCAUUAUUGUUAAUUCGAAAUAAUUUCACUAUUAUUGAACCUGUUAUUUUGUAUGGUCGUGGAGCGCGAAUGGAUAUGCAGAUGGAUGGAUAUUCCACAAGGAUAUUUAAUCCUUUGAUGUUCGAAAUCCAAGGCCAUUUAGCUAAUUGCCAUAAUCCUAAGCGUUUGUCUCACAAGUUGCUCACAACUCUUAUUGUGAAAAUGUCAUUUGUAGUGGCAAGUACCUUUUACUGUGUUUUACAUGCAUAUGAAUGGGACAUCUUGGGUUCCAAUCCCGGUAUGAUUGCUGGUCUUGAUCUACCUGUAGUUUUACUGGCUUCUAGCCUGGCCUGA